AUGUGUCUCGAAAAUUCAUUUUUAGGAGGAAAUCCAGAGAUCAUGAGUGAAUGUUUGAAAUAUCAAAGACCAAAUGUAUAUUGCAUGGAAAAUGCACUUAUUUCACACAAUAUUGAUUUUGUUACAUUCUUGAUGAAUGAGUACAAACUCCCGAUCUACCCAAUUGAUUGCAUUAGUUAUAAUAACCUUGAAUCAUUUUUAGUUUAUUGCGAUCAAACUAAUGAUAUUGAUUCAUGCUUUUUUUAUUCAGCAAUGAUUGAUAUUCCAUCCCUUUGCGAAUAUUUCCUAUCACAUGGUGCAAAUAUCAAUACAAAAGGUUAUCGUCAAGCAACAGCUCUUCAAGUUGCCGCACGAUAUAAUUGUAAAGGAAUAGCCGAAUUUCUUAUUUUACAUGGUGCAAAUAUCAAUGAAAAAGAUGAUGAUGGAAAAACUGCUCUUCAAUUCGCAGCAGACUAUAAUAAAGAUGAAGUAGCUGAACUUCUUAUUUUGCACGAUGCAAGCAUCAAUGGAAUAAAUAAAGUUGGAAGAAAUGCUCUUCAAUACGCAGCAGAAAAUAACAAUAAAGCAAUAGCCGAACUUCUGAUUUCGCAUGGUGGAAAUAUCAAUGAAAAAAAUGAAUAUGGAAAAACCGCGCUUCAUAUUGCAGCUGACAAGAAUAGUAAAGAAAUAGUCGAACUUCUUCUUUUACAUGGCGCAAAUGUCAAUGAAAGCAAUAACAAAGGAAAGACAGCUCUUCUUAUUGCAGCAGAAAAUAACAAUAAAGAAAUAGUCGAACUUCUUCUUUUACAUGGCGCAAAUGUCAAUGAAAGCGAUAACGAUGGAAAAACAGCUCUUCUUAUUGCAGCUGACAAUAAUAGUAAAGAAAUAGCCGAAAUUCUUAUUUCACAUGGUGCGAAUAUCAAUGAAAAAAAGUAA